AUGAGCGCUUUCUCCUCCGCGUCUGCCCUCUCUCAGCUGCAGCCCCACCACCGCCGCGGUCCAUGGUCUGCCGCCGAGGACGCCCGUCUGCUGGCCCUCAUCGAGCGCCACGGCCCUACAAACUGGGUCCGCAUCGCCCAACUCCUCGGCACCCGCUCCGCAAAGCAGUGCCGCGAGCGCUACCAUCAGAACCUCAAGCCCUCGCUCAACCACGCGCCCAUCUCCGCCGAAGAGGGUCAGCUGAUUGAAGCCCUCGUCGCCCAGCUCGGCAAGAAGUGGGCCGAGAUCGCGCGCCAUCUCGCGGGCAGGUCCGACAAUGCGGUCAAGAACUGGUGGAACGGCGGCGUCUCGCGACGG